AUGUUCAAUUUUCUCACUCCUCUUCUUCUUAUUCUCUUCACUCUUGCGACCUUCAACGUAGCAUAUUACGCUCCGAAUCAGCCACGCCCGAGAUCCGUACCACCGAAAUGUCGAUUCUCCCCAACCUACACACAGCAAGACAUCUUAAACGACCCAGCAUCUUUCAUAUCCGACAUACUGUACUGGGAAGGGCAAUAUCACCAAAAUAAUGUCAGCUAUAAUGCUCACAAUGGCAUGAGCUAUGACGGAACUCUCCUCAACGAAACAACUGGUUUCCCAACUGCCAAACAUCCAUUUAGCGCAGCGAGCAAAGAGUUGCUUCAAAUAAUGCUCUAUACUCACGCUCUAGCUGGAUCACACAGCGCAGCUCAGUUCCUCUCUCCAGAUGAGCCAAGGAAGGCAAGAAGUAUCGCUUUUGAGAUCAUGUCGUUGAAGUUGCAAACUUAUCUAAAGUUCAACGAAACAUACCCUGGGUUUGGAGGUUUCUUACCUUGGUACACAGGGGAUUCAAUUGAGAUCACACCCACGUAUGAUUGGGUCAAUCGUGUGCCUGCGCUUGACAAUGGAGGACUCAUCUGGGCCGUAUACAGCGCGGUACAAGUCCUGGAGAUGAGUGCAAUGCCAGAGUACAACGACUUGGUAAAAAAGUGGCAAAGUUGGCUUGAUUAUACUAAGACAACAGCUGCCAAGGUAGUAUCUCACAUAUUCUAUAAAGGCGACGGAAUUGUUUGUGCUGUGACGGACCCUACGAAUCAGACCUACCAGGUCAACGACCCACAGCAAAAUUAUACUUGUGAAGGAAACAAUACUCUAAAUGAUCCAUACGAAGGAGAAUUCUUUACGUGGUGGUUAUACUUCUUUGGAGGACUGUCAGAUAAAGACAAAAAUUUGCUUUGGGAAGUUAAGCGUCCUCAGCUUGUGAGUGUGGACUAUGAUAUGGAUGGAUUUGGACCGGUUACUGUGCAAAAAGGCAAUCUAGGGUUCUUGUUCUCUAGCCACGAGCAAUGGAAGGUAAUGGAAAUGCCUUAUUACGAUGUCGAGAUCGUCAAGCGUGUUUAUCAUAAUGCUGAAAGAGCGCGAACUUGUAACUCGGUUGUCACGAAAGUGCCAGGAAUGUUUGCAUCCGUUAACAAUUCAACUAAUCCGACGACUGGUCAGAUCAUAGGCUAUAUUUCGAAUGCUGGCAUUCCAUCGAUCUCCAAUCAAACAGUCCAGGAGCUCGAUGUGAUGACUCCGUACAGUGUCUUCCCGUUGAUACUAUUCAACAAGGCAAUUGGCAUGGCUUGGUGGAAGAAUAUGGUGGAUGGGAAAAAGAUGCAAAAUCCAUAUGGCAGUAGUGAAUCAACUCGAGUGGAUGGCACUGCGACUUCUUCGUUCGUCUCAUGGGAUAGCAAACUCACAACAGUGAACGCUAUACUUGGAGGAGUUGGACAUAUAGUCCGCGAGAAGAUGCAGAGGGAUGGAUUGUAUGACGACUUUGUCUACGUUCUGCAGCGAGAAUACGGUUCGGUGUUCAAGCAAUUGAGGGGAGAGGAUUACGCUUUGUGUUUGCCCUCGGAAUCGAUUCCGGACGAAGUCACCGCGCUUAAGUUCCCGUGA